AUGUCCGAUGACGGCCCAUCUGAUGCGAAGCGAGCCCGUGAAGAGGAUGUUGUUUUUCGGGUCAUCUCCAAAGAGGACAAGGAAUUCACCCUGUCGAAGAAAGCGGCUCAACUCUGUGGAACCGUCAAUCACUAUGCUGAGAACACCGGUUUGACAGACGAUGAGGCGAUCUCGAAAAUGGAACCGAUGGCUCUUCCAAAUGUUUCCAGUGAAAGCCUUUAUUAUAUCGUUCGUUGGUGUGAACAACACCGCGACUGUCCGGCUUGGGAAGAGGAAAAAUGGUGGGAAAACGAACGCGAUGCUGAGUUGACGAAAUGGGAGAAAGAAUUCAUGGCCGAGAUGACUUCCGAGGCGCUUCACGAUGUUUAUUUGGCUGCCAACUACAUGGACAUCAAGUGCCUUCUCGAUAAAUGCGCUCAAACAAUCGCCGAUAUGAUCAAGGGAAAAUCACCGGAAGAGAUCCGCGAGAUUUGGGGAGUGGAGAACGACUUUACUGCCGAAGAGGAAGAGGCAAUCAAGAAUGAGGACCCCUGGAAGGUGAUUCUAGACUAUCAAGAGAAACUCGAUAGAGAAGAAGAAGAAGCCGCUCAACGGGGAUCGUCGUUGACUCAAGCC